AUGUAUUUGGAAAAUGGUGGGAUUGAUUCCAUUGAAAAAGAAAAUGCUGUCAAAUCAUCAAAACUUUACAACAUGAUAACAAAUUCAAAAAUUUAUCAGUCUCCUGUUGAGAAAUCAGUUAG